CCAGAAACAUUUGUGCUGUUCCUCAGUGUGACGUCAAGAAGCUAACCAUCAUCGACAAUAAUCCAACGAGCGACUCUCUCUCCUGCGACAGUCUUAAUCCUACCUUCGCCAAACGAACACGUUCGUCGACACUCACGAAACCGCACGCAUUGCCUACAGAGAUCGUCACGAAAUCUCUCAAUAAUCCGAGGCUGUACGGCGUUUCAAGAGCGUUAAAAAUGGGGGAAUACCGAAAUAACGUGUUGAUCCAGCUAGGCUUCGUCUGCAUCCUCGCGCUUAAUGCGAAUAUUGUCUGUGGUAACGCGCCAAUUGCAAAAACGCCGAAUGGUACAUUGUAUGGCAGGACGAUGUCCAGCCGACUUGGCAGAAAUAUUUACGCGUUCCUGGGAAUUCCCUACGCUGCACCGCCAAUCGGAGAACUCAGAUUCAAGCCACCGCAACCUCCGACCUGGAACGAGGCCCUAGACGCUACGACAAACGCCGAGAUAUGCACGCAACGGAACGUUUACGUCUAUCAGAAGGAGAUUGUCGGCAGCGAGGAUUGUCUUUACCUGAACGUCUAUACGCCAUGUGUACAAUGCACCGAAGAACAGCCGAGUUCUGGUCCGCAACAACGGCCGUGGAAGGCCUUUACUCGAUUCCCGGUCAUGGUUUGGUUCCACGGUGGCGGAUGGCUCACUGGGGCCGGCCACUCUGAAUAUUACGGGCCCAAGUUUCUGCUGGACCACGACCUCGUCCUCGUCACCGUCAACUUUCGACUAGGACCGUUGGGCUUCUUGAGCACGGAGGAUCUGGAAUGUCCUGGAAAUUUAGGAUUAAAGGAUCAACUGCAAGCUUUGCGAUGGGUGCACGAGAAUAUCGUUUACUUUAGCGGCGAUCCGAAUAGAGUGACUCUUUUCGGCGAGAGCGCAGGUGGUGCAAGUGUUCACUAUCAUAUGGUCAGCCCUCUUUCAACAGGACUGUUCCAUCGCGGUAUUUCGCAGAGUGGCACCUUCUACAACCCGUGGACUUUAACGUCGCCGGGAGUUGCCAAAAGAAGAGCCAUGUUCUUGGGCAAGAAUUUAGGGUGUAGCACCGAAAAAUCCAAGGAUCUCAUUGAAUGUCUACGAACAAAGAGCGCAGAAGAGAUUAUUGGCACUGACAAUCUUUUCAAGAAAUUUGGUUACUGUCCGAUGAUACCAUUCCGACCGGUAAUUGAACCCGAGCACCCAGGUGCUUUCCUGACGGAGGAUCCUCUAAUUUCCGUACGAGAAGGCCGCCUUCUCGAUAUACCCUGGAUGACGGGGGUUACUUCUGAUGAAGGAGCUCUGAAAGUAGCAGGUAUUUACGGACGGGAGAACAGUGUGGAGGAAUUGGAGAAUAAUUUUAACGAAAUUGCGCCUAUAAGCUUAUUUUACGACGAGAGAUAUAACGUCACGAAUAAGAAUUUGCAAAAUGAAAUAAGCAGCUCCAUUCGAAAUUUUUAUUUCGGCCAUGACUCUAUCAAUUCCACGGAGGAUUCCAGAUUCAAAGUUGUCGACAUGUAUAGUGACUCAUGGUUUAACCACGGUACUUACGAAGCUGUGCAAGAUUUUAUUGUAAACCAAACUUCACCAGUCUUUUAUUAUUAUUUCGCGUACAGAGGAAGUGCGUCCUUCACUUCGAUAUUUGGUGAUCCCGUAAAAAAUUAUGGAGUAUCGCACGCAGAUGAUUUGCAAUAUUUGUUCCCCGUGGGUGAACAAUUGUUUCCGGACACGCCAUUGUCUGAGAAAGAUAAAGAAAUGAUCAGUCUCAUGACUUAUCUUUGGUAUAAUUUUGCAAAUUCCGGAAAUCCUACGCCAAAAGUGACAAAUAUAGUUCCAUUGAAAUGGAAGCCCGUGAAAACAGACGACGCACUGGAAUACCUGCGCAUAGAAAGCUCAACGAAAAUUGCUAUGGAUCAUAAUCUUCUGUGGCAAAGAAUGACUUUUUGGGAUUCCUUAACACGCCAGUUGAAAUCCCAUGGCAAUACUUUUAGACAUUUGAGGGAUGAAUUGUAAUUUGUAUGUCUGUAAUUUGCGCAUAAGUCAAAGGUAAAGAUUGCGGUGUAGGUAACUGCGAGUAUAUUAAAAUGCUGAAAUUUUAAGAAAUUGUUUUUUUAUACAUUUUAUAGAGCGUAUUUGAUGUUAGUGGUUCUAAAAACUUUUUAGAUUAUACACAUUAUGUAAUUUAUAAUAUAAUAUAUUAUAAUCAACAUUGUAAUAUAAGUAAAAGCAUAAUAUAUAUGAAUCUAUGUAUUACGCAAAAUGUAGUACCAAAUAACACAAAAACGCUACAAGAUUAUGUGAUUUGUAAUAAUUGUUUCGGUGUUUGAAGUAAGAAGUUUUUUAUACAGUUCAGUUAAGAGUAUAUUUUUAUCUUGCGGUUAGAAGUGGAUUUAAUAAUAAAGAUUACGGUAAUAUUAUACAA